CCGAGCCCGGCCCCAGCCCCGCUCCGCGACCCCGGGCACCGCUGCCGCCGCCGCUCCGCGCCCUCAUUCCCCUCCCGGCCGCUCCGCAGCGCGGGGGCGGGGCGAGCAGGCCGAGGCGGGGGCCCCCUGCCCCGCGGCUCCGUGACACCCCCCGUCCCUCAGGCUCCCAGUACGGGCCGGAGUCUGCGGGUGAGGGAACCUCCGGUGCUGCUGCUGGUGGAACUGCCGCAGCCAGGCCCUGGGAUACAAAGCUUGUGGUAAAGCUGUUCCCGGAGGGGCCUCUCCAGUGCCCUGUGCCAGUUAUUCUGACCACAGUCUUCGUUUUCUUCUUCAGAAGGAGUGGUACUGAGGUACCAGCUGAACUCAUCUAGGUGGUGCUUUAGGAAAAGUGGCAAAGAGCUGCCGGGAUGUUUCUCCGACUGCUGUCCGAUAUCCAGUGGCGGGCAGCUCACCCGACAUGGAGGCGAAUGACCAGCUCCCAGAGAAGUUCCUCAACUACAGCAGAACCUCAGCCGGUUGCCCUGCCAGCACAGGCACAGGUUGUAAUCUGUGGUGGAGGAGUCAUGGGCACCUCUGUGGCCUAUCACCUUUCCAAGAUGGGUUGGAAGGAUAUAGUCUUACUUGAGCAGGGCAGGUUGGCUGCUGGCACCACUCGCUUCUGUGCUGGCAUUGUGAGCGCAGCCAGGCCCAUGUCCAUAGAGCUGAAGAUGGCACACUAUUCAAACAAGCUCUACCAGCAGCUGGAACAGGAGACAGGAGUGCAGACAGGGUACAUGAAGACAGGCUCUAUUUCACUGGCUCAGACUCAGGACCGACUGAUCUCUCUGAAGCGCAUUGCUUCAUCACUGAAUGUAAUGGGAAUACCAUGUGAGAUUAUCAGCCCAAAGAAAGUGUUACAGCUCCACCCACUGAUCAACAUCCAUGACCUUGUGGGGGCCAUGUAUGUGCCAGAAGAUGCACUUGUGUCAUCUGCCAAUGUGAGUCUGGCUCUGGCAACCGCUGCCUCACGGAAUGGUGUCCAGAUUCACGAGAGGACAUGUGUCAGUCAUGUCACAAUCCAGAAGGGUCGUGUGACUGGAGUCGAGACUGACAGAGGGCGGAUUCAGUGCGAGUACUUUGUCAACUGUGCUGGCCAGUGGGCCUAUGAGUUGGGCCACUCUGGGGAGGAACCAGUCCAUAUCCCACUCCAUGCCUGCGAACACUUCUACCUCCUGACACAUCCUUUGAAGGAGCCUCUGUCAAGCAGCUUACCAACUAUUGUCGACCCUGAUGGAAGGAUCUACAUACGCAACUGGCAGGGGGGCAUCCUCUCAGGAGGCUUUGAGAAAAACCCCAAACCUCUCUUCACUGAGGGACGGAACCAGCUGGAGAUCCAGAACCUUCAAGAAGACUGGGAUCAUUUUGGGCCACUUCUGAGUGCCCUCCUGCGCAGGAUGCCAGGCUUGGAGUCUCUGCAGAUCAUGCAGCUGGUGAAUUGCCCAGAGUCCUUCACCCCAGACAUGCGGUGCAUCAUGGGAGAGUCGCCCACCGCACGGGGCUACUUUGUUCUGGCUGGCAUGAACUCAGCUGGCAUCUCGUAUGGUGGGGGAGCAGGCAAGUACCUGGCAGAGUGGAUAGUAAAUGGGUAUCCGUCGGAAAAUGUCUGGCCCUUGGAUCUGAAGCGUUUUGGAACCCUUCAGAGCAGUCGCACUUUCCUCCGUCACCGUGUGAUGGAAGUCAUGCCCCUCAUGUAUGAUCUGAAAGUUCCCCGCUGGGACUUCCAGACUGGCAGGCAGCUGCGCACUUCACCUCUGUACGACCGCCUGGAUGCACAGGGAGCCAGGUGGAUGGAGAAGCAUGGAUUUGAGAGAGUCAAGUACUUUGUCCCACCUGGGAAUGAUCUGCUGGAUUUGGAUCACAGCAAAACCUUUUACAAACCAGACUGGUUUGAUAUUGUUGGUUCUGAAGUCAAGUGCUGUAAAGAAGCAGUUUGUGUUAUUGACAUGUCAUCUUUUACCAAGUUUGAAAUAAGUUCCACCGGAGACCAGGCCCUGGAGAGUCUGCAGUAUCUCUUCUCAAAUGACCUGGAUGUGCCAGUUGGGCAUGUUGUGCAUACAGGAAUGCUUAAUGAGAACGGAGGGUAUGAGAAUGACUGCAGCAUAGCCCGGCUCAGUAAGCGCAGCUUUUUCAUGAUUUCCCCCACUGACCAACAAGUUCAUUGCUGGACCUGGCUGAAGAACCACCUGCCCGACGACAGCAACCUGGUCUUAGAGGAUGUGACCUGGAAGUACACAGCUCUCAAUCUGAUUGGCCCCCGUGCUGUGGAUGUCUUGUCAGAGUUGUCCUAUGCCCCAAUGACUGCAGAACACUUCCCCUCUCUUUUUUGCAAGGAGAUGAGCGUGGGCUAUGCUAAUGGCAUCCGUGUGAUGAGUAUCACUCACACAGGAGAACCUGGCUUUGUGCUUUAUAUCCCCAUAGAGUAUGCCCUUCACGUGUACAACGAGGUGAUGAACAUGGGCCAGAAGUACGGCAUUCGGAAUGCCGGUUAUUACGCGCUCCGCAGCCUGCGCAUUGAGAAGUUCUUUGCGUUCUGGGGCCAGGAUCUGGAUGCUUUUACUACUCCUAUGGAGUGUGGACGCGAGUUCCAGGUCAAGCUGGACAAGGGAAUGGAGUUCCUUGGCCAGGAAGUGCUGUUGGAACAGAAGCAGAACGGGGUGUACAAGCGCUUUACCAUGUUCAUUCUUGAGGACCACGACACGGAUAUGGACCUCUGGCCCUGGUGGGGGGAGCCCAUCUUCCGCAACGGCCGCUACGUGGGCAAGACCACCAGCAGCGCCUACAGCUACACCCUGGAGCGCCACGUCUGCCUCGGCUUCGUGCACCACUUCGAUGAGCAGACGGGGGAAAAGCUGGUGGUGACGACUGACUUCAUCAACCAGGGAGAGUACGAGAUCGACAUCGCCGGGCAGCGCUUCCAGGCCAAAGCCAAGCUCUAUCCCUUCAGCUCCCUCUUCACGCAGCGGCGCCGCAAGGACGAGGUGGAACUCAGUGGCUACCAGAGGGAGUAGUGUUGAGUAGACUAGACCUGCCCCUUGUCCCAAGCUGGAGUCUUCUCCCACCAUCUUCCAGCCCUUUCUCCUCACCUCAUAUAUUUCUUUCUUUUCCUUUCUUGUCUUGCAACUUUUAAACUUUUUCCAGUGUGUUAUAUUUUGUAUAUUUUAAACCUCUAAUUUUCAAGCUUUCCCAACCCUUUCUGUCUCCUUCCUUCAACCCUUGCCAGGCUCCCCUGUGCCCCAGUGGAUGAAGCACAGUGCUGAACGUGCAGGGAUGCCUGUGUAGGAGUAAACCCUGCCAAAGGCCUCGGCCUUCUAGUGAUGGGAAGGAUUGAGGUGAACCCCUGACGACUGCACCCUUCCCCUCUCCUCUCCAGCAUAAGGCAUGGAGCAGCAGGUCUUUGCUGCCUGUGGUUCAGAUGAUGGCUGACCUCACCCUGCUCUCCACAUACCAUGUUGUAGAGAGGUUGGUGUGUCCAUGCACACAGCAAUA